UCUUCCCAUCCACAUAUAGUCACUCAUAUAGUCAUACACAAUGAAUACCUAUGACGCUGUAACACCUGGACAACGUUUAGGAUACGCACAAGAAUAUACCGCUGGAAAUGGAACAUAUGAACGGGACGGUUUAUUAUACGCGAGUGUGGUUGGUAUUCGUCGUAUCACUACAGUGGAAAAUGGACAGUUACCGAUUAUUAGUGUUUCCAAAGAAAAAGAACAAUCAGCUGUCCCUGAUGUCGGUAGUGUGAUUACUGGCAAGAUCAUUCGUGUCAAUCCUCACCAAGCAAUCGUGGCAAUUAUGGUGGUAGGUGAUGUUCCUUGUAAAGAAGACUUUAUGGGUGCAAUUAGAACACAAGACGUACGAGCUGCUGAAAAGGAUAAAGUUAAGAUAUACAACUCAUUUCGACCUGGUGAUAUUAUCAAGGCAGAAGUGAUUUCAUUAGGUGACGCUCGAUCCUACUUUUUGUCCACGGCAAAGAAUGAACUUGGUGUUAUCUUUGCUACUAGUGUUGCAGGUGCUACGAUGAUUCCUAUUUCAUGGCAAGAAAUGCAAUGUCCAAAGACGAAAACAAUUGAGUAUCGAAAAUGUGCCAAACCAGUAUAAUGAUAGUGUAGUUAUCUCUUCCUUUUUUUUUUGGUUUACUAUUUUAUUGUUAUUAUUGUUGUACAUAUGUAUAGAUGGAUGGUUUUUUUUUAUAUUGAUGAUCAAUAAAAAAAUAGUUUUUAUCAUGUA